AUGGCCGCGUGGCGCCCGACCUCCUCCUCGCCGCCCUUGGUGCCGCGCCACCGGACCUCCCCGUCGCCCUCAUCGACGACCAGCGCUGCCCCAAUAGCCUCCCCUCCUCUGCGUCAUCGCCUCCCCAUGGCGUCGCGCCAGCCUCCCGCACCACUACCAUCUCUAGCCGCGGCCGGCUUCUACGCUGCUGCUCUGCUCCGCUCCGCCGCCCUUGCUCCGUCCAGCAAGCGCGCCGCCGCUGCCCUCCUCUGCUCCGCCUCUGUUGCGCCAAGGCACCCCGGCCAUCUCCUGCUCCUCACUGGCCUUCGCUCGCCGCAAGGACCCCGAUCCCCUCGCCCUCCUGCUCGAUCCCCAUCUCCCCCUCUCGAUCCCGCGCGCCUCCCCCUCCUGCUGCCGGCUCCACCACCAGAUCAGGCCGGCCUCCGCCGCCCUUGCCCGUCCUCAGCCGGACCCCUCCAGCAGGGCCCCGUCCCCACCUCCGGCGUGCCAAGCUCGCCGCCUCCCUGCCAUGGCCGCGUGGCGCCCGACCUCCUCCUCCCCGCCCUUGGUGCCGCGCCACCGGACCUCCCCGUCGCCCUCGUCGACGACCAGCGCUGCCCCUGUAGCCUCCCCUCCUCCGCGUCGUCGCCUCCCGAUGGCGCAGCGCCCGGCCUCCCGCACCACUACCAUCUCCAGCCACGGCUGGCUUCUACGCUGGUGCUCUGCUCCGCUUCGCCGCCCUUGCUCCGUCCAGCAAGCACGCCACCACUGCCCUCCUCUGCUCCGCCUCUGUUGCGCCAAGGCACCCCGGCCAUCUCCUGCUCCUCGCUGGCCUUCGCUGUGCGCGCUGCCGCUUCCCUGCUUCAGGCCAAGGCCGACGCCGGCCACUUCUUCUAG